UCCAUCACUUCCUCACCCUCCCACCCUAAAAAUCCAAAAGGCAAAAAAAAAAUAUAUAUAUAUAUAUAUAUACAGAAGGAAAAUAAGGAAGAAUGUCAUGGUUAGCUCGGUCAUUGGCGAAUUCCCUCACUCUCGACGACGACGACGAAGAAUCGGCUGCUUCAAGGGCUGGGAAAAACUACGACGUAAUCCGCGUGUCUCAAUCAUCGGCACCUACAAACGAGGAAACCAAGGCGAAGGAGGAACAACAAUCGCUGUCCCCUCAACAAGUGGACGAACUUCAUGGCAUCAAAGAAGCUCUAACCCAACUCAAAGAUAGCCUAACGGGACAACUCUUCGGUGUCGCUUCCUUUCUCGCUCCGCCACCGCCUCCAUCGUCAACGCAAUUGAAUGGCCAAUCAAAUGAUCGAUCAUCCACUAAUUUGAAUCAUUCUGAUCUGUCGGAUCGAUCUAUCUCACGGGACGAAGAUGAUCCACCUGAUUCAGCGGCAAUUGUGGGGAUUGGGGACGAUUUUGCUGAGAUCGGGGGAACGUUGUCUAAGAUGGCAUCGGACUAUUUGCCGUUUGGACAGGAGGAAAACCAGGAACAGUACGAGAUGGAAAAUGGAAUUGAGGAGGAAGAGGAUCAGGAGUUCGAUGUGCUUGGGAUCACAGAUGAGGUAUUGGCGUUUGCCAGAAAUAUCGCUCAUCACCCAGAAACGUGGUUGGAUUUCUCUCUUGAUCCUGAUGAAGACUUGGAUGAUUUUGACAUGUCGGCUGCCCAACGAGCCCAUGCCAUGGCUAUUGAAUAUCUUGCUCCGAGACUAGCAGCUCUGAGAAUUGAACUUUGUCCGUGCCACAUGAGUGACGGUUACUUCUGGAAAGUUUAUUUUGUUCUCCUGCAUUCAAGACUUAACAAGGCUGAUGCUGACGUUCUGUCUACACCUCAGGUAAGGGAAGCUAGAUCGUUGUGGAUGAAGGAGCUGCAAAAGCAAACAAUCCCUGAAACUGAUUGGUACGGAGGAAGCACUUCCCACGAAGACUGUCAUAGUAGAGUGCGCAAUUAUAUUAUUCCUUCCUCCAAUUAUUUUGCUUUUGAAACCAUAUCACCUCGGACCUAUGCUUCUAAAGAGGCAUCUAGCUUCCCAACAGGUUAUGAGACCGAUAAGCAUCCUGUUGAAAGUGUUGAGAUGCCAGUUGUAGACAAGUCUGUUGUCGAGGAGAAGCAGGUGUCUAAUGCCGAGGAUAAGGGUACUCCGGUCGGUCCACCCUCAAAAAUAUGGAUUCCAGACUUUGAUGAUGAAGAGAUUGAUUGGCCAGAAGAUGAGGGUCCUGAACUUGGUGUUCAUAAUGGGGCUGCACUUUGUCUGGAGGAUGUGGAAAAUAUUUCUUUCAGUGAUCUUGAGGAUUCCGAAGAGGAUAGCACCCGUGCAAAGUCUAAGUUAGUUUCAAAAGGACUUGAAACUUCUAAAACAUAAACCUGUGAUUUGAUUCAGCUGGGCGUAAGCUUUGCUUGUUGGAUCAAAGAUGGAGCCAAAAGGUUGUUUAGUUUCUGGAAUGAUGGACACACCAACAGCAUCAUCGAUGCAGGGCAAUUGGUUAAAGGUGCCAAAGGUGUCUCUGAACUUGGAAGCUCGUUUGAAUAUGAUAAGUGAUCAAUCAAGUGUUAAUAGUGUGUUGUCCUGUUGACUGAUUGUGCAAGGAUUUUUGAAUGGAAAGAAGCGCAAUGUCAAAGUACUAUUGCCCGUGUUCAUAGACAGCAUGUAAAAGGAGUUAUAAACAUCGAGACCGGCUUUUUCUUAGUUUUAUUUGAUUGGGAUACAAGAUUUGUACAGAAAAUCUGUAAAGUUAAAAUUUCCCUUCUUAGAACUUUGAGAAUUCAUGUAUUUUUUAAUCUUUCUGUUAAAGAUUAUGUAAUAAAGAUGA